AUGCCUGUAAAGCGCUUCAAGAAAUUGCGAAGACGCAUACACUUUCAGGAUAACAAUACUGAUCCGCAAGGAGAUAGAUUAUUCAAAAUUCGCCCCCUUAUAGAAAAACUGCGACAAAAAUGUAUAGCUAUCGAAGAGGAAGGUUUGUUUUCUAUAGAUGAAAUGAUGAUUGCUUACAAAGGCAAGAAAGCUGGAAGUCUGCGCCAAUAUAUGCCUAAAAAGCCAAAGAAGUGGGGGUUCAAGAUGUUCGUUCGAGCAGGCGUGUCAGGGAUUGUGCAAGACUUUCUCAUCUAUACCGGCUCUAGUACUUUUGACGAAAUUCUAUUUUCAAAGGAGGAACAACAAAUGGGACUUGGUGCAAAAGUGGUACUUGCCCUGUGCAGAACUAUUCAGAAACCAGAAGAGUCUUUCGUCUAUUUUGAUAACUUCUUUUGUUCAUUGGAACUAAUUGAAUACUUGAAGAAAAAUAAAAAAUUGGAAAGUUUGGGAACCAUUAGAAGCAACAGACUUAGAGGAUGUCCCUUGCUAAGUGACAAAGAACUUCUACGGAAGGGGAGAGGUAGCUUUGAUUACAGAGUAGACAAUUCCGUGGGACUAGCGGUGAUAAAAUGGGCAGACACUAAAUGUGUGACUCUGGCUAGUUCGUACAUUUCGCACAGUCCAGUGUUUGAAGUUAGCCGAUUUAGUAAAGAACAAAAGAAAAAGGUAAACGUUCAGUGCCCUCAAAUAGUCAAACAGUACAACAUUCAUAUGGGAGGCGUAGACUUAUCUGAUAUGCUGGUUUCACUGUACAAGACUCCCUUCAAAUCAAAGCGAUGGUAUCUCGCUAUGUUUAGUCAGAUGAUUGAUAUAGCUGUCAAUAAUGCCUGGCUAUUGUAUCGGAGAGAUCUAGCCUCACAAGGCAAAAAAUAUAAUAAGCUCAAAGACUUCAGAAUAAACAUCGCAAAGUCUUUGAUUGAAUCUCGUAACGUACCCAGAAAAAGAACUUCUGCUGCAGCAAACUUGCUCCCUCAAAACAAAAUAAAAGUUCCCGUCGCUCCACGGCCUACUGAAGAUGUCCGGUUUGACAACGUUGGACACUUUCCAGUUUUCACUGAAAAAGGCCGCUGUAGGCUUUGCACAAAUGGACAAACAACAAUUUUAUGUCAAAAAUGUAAUUUGCGCUUAUGCAUCGUAUCAGGAGCUAAUCAGAGAAACUGCUUCACAAGUUACCAUUCCAAGUAA